CGUGAGUACUUCCUGCCUCCCGCUCGCAUUUUAUUUGCAGGAAUGGCCCAUUCGUUAUCUCCAGAAUGCACGCCAUUGAAGCACGAGUAUGAUGCUUGCUUCAAUACUUGGUUUGAGGGCUACCUCGAACCAGCUAUUGCGAACGCCAAUACCAAGGGACACUCACAAAGUCAAAGAAUCGAGUACUCAAAGCAAAAGAAAGAAGAGUACGAUCGCAAAUGUGGGAGUAUCUGGGCGGAAUAUAAAGAUUGCGUGCAGAAAGCUGUUACAGAGAAAGGUUUGGGUGGGCUGCUUAGCCAAGCACGACAAGAGAACCCGCUUCGCGAACCGCCCCCACCGGAUGCAUCUGGAUCGUCAUGACGUGCCUGCCAGCUUUACAUGUCGUAGCCCCGAGUUACAUAGUAGAGAUGAAAUGAAUCUUGGUCAUGUCGAGCAAUUAUGAAACUAACAUUCACUUGUGUAGUGCACUAAGGGCAACAUUUCAGUUCACGGAACUGAUCAACAAAUAACCUUGCACAUUGUGACGAAUCGCAUACCAUGUGGCGUUGUCCGGGGGUACGGUCAUACUUUCUGGGUGCAGUUUUUCAUUGAACCCGCUUUUCGGUACGGACAAGGGGCGAAGCAGCUCUGCUGUGAGAAAAGAAUGCAUGUCCUGAG